CCCACCCUGCACGUCUGUCCCCUCCACAACUUACACCAACACACCAUAACUUGCUUAUACCCACAUGAGCUCCUCCUUGUACAUCAUAUCUCUUGGUGGAAGUUCAGACAGAGAGGCAGACAGUGGAAUACUUUGAGGAUUCUUUGGUUACUUUCAGGUGAGAAGGAUGACCAGCUCAGAAAUUACAGCCAUGACUACUCCUGCAUUUAACUUCAACUCAAGCAAUUAUACAACCAAUGGGUCGUCGUGUGACAACAAAAGUGGACAAGUACUGGCCUAUCCCUUCUUCAUCUUUGGCUAUGCGCUGGUGUUUCUGAUAAGCCUGGUGCUGAACGGAUUCACCCUGAAAGUCUACUUCUGCCGCUCUCAACGCAACAACACAACCGUCACCAUUUACCUCCAGAAUCUGGUCAUAUCCGACCUGUUUCUCAGCCUGUGUUUGCCUCUGCGUAUUGCCAACUAUGUUGUUGAGACGCCUGCCAUGCGCCAAAUCUACUGCAGUUUUGGAGCCUCGGCCUUCUAUCUUAACAUGUAUGCCAGCAUCAUCUUCAUGGAUUACAUUGCUGCCAACAGGUACCUGAAGAUUGUCCGGCCACUGGAGACCAACAUCUUACAAACACCACGUGCUGCACGAAUCAUCUCCAUAGUAACCUGGACCUUCCUGGGUGGAACAGCCCUCUUGUACAUGGUGAUCUCCCUCAUCUCCUCCAGGGACAACGUCAAGUUCGCUCGCUACAGCGUUGGCUGUGAGUCUCUGCAUAGCCAGAGGGUCAGCCAGCUCUACAAGGCCGUGCACACCGCAUCGGCAGCCAUUUUCUUUUUCGUGCUUGUCUCCCUGGUGUUCCUGUACCACGGCACCACGCGACGGCUCCGGCAGGCCCAGAAAUCCCAGCAGUCCGAGAGCGGCUGUCGGAAGCUGGCCAAGUCCAAGCGGAACAUGCUUAUCUUGGUGAGCAUGUUCUGCGUGUGCUUCGUGCCGUACCACCUGGUGCGACUGCCCUACGUCUUCCUGAAGCAGAAGCUGACGUGCUUCACCUGGGCCCACGCCUUCUUCACGCUCAAAGAGGCCACGGUGUUGCUGUCCGUCUGCAACGCCUGUCUGGACCCCUUCAUCUACUUCAUCUUCUGCAAGGCCUUCAGAGCCCAGCUGGGCCUGAGGAAAGAGCCCCAGGGGCCGUCGUCAAGCGUCACCGAGGUCCGCCGACUCUCCAUGAAAAGAGGGAGCCUGAAGCCGCUAAAUGCGGCGACCAUCAUUCAGGCCAUGCAGCCCAACAAGUGAACUUCCUCACACACCCCUCCUCAGUUGUUAUUUGAAACAUCAUGCCCACAUACACAUGUAAAUACAGACAUGGAGCUGCUUUGUACACAGGCACACAGUACACACUUGAGGGUGGAAUGCAAUCAAACUUCAAAACUCACCCAAAAGCAGUAAACUAAUAUAGUUAUAUCAUGUAAGUUAUGACAACUGUUACUAUCAAAUAACUGAAAGUACAGCUAUUGCCAUGAACAUUUUGGGAUGGGGUUAUACAAUACUGUAAGAAAAAAAUACUGAAAAACAGAUAUUAAUCUUGCUUCCUCUUCUGUAUGUUUAGACACAGCAAUCAUAUGGUACAUGACAUCCUUGAUGGAACUAACACACACACACACACACACACACACACACACACACACACACACACACACAGAUUCUUGUGAUGAUAUUUAAGCUCUCAGAACAUGGGGAAUUUAGAUAUAGUGUCAUCUAUUACUGGAAAUGCCCACACAUUUAGAAAUGAGAUGAGUUGCAGUCAACACAGUGUUAUCAGUGAGGCCAACAGACUAGAGAUUGCACUCAU